AUGGCCCAGGAACGUGCUCCUCUCCGUCUCGGCUCCGUUGCCCCCAACUUCGAGGCCGACUCCUCCAACGGCCCUAUCUCUUUCCACGACUUCAUUGGCGACAGCUGGGCUAUCCUGUUCUCCCACCCCGAUGACUUCACUCCCAUUUGCACCACUGAGCUCGGUGCUUUCGCCAAGCUCGAGCCCGAGUUCACUGCUCGUGGCGUCAAGCUCAUCGGCCUGAGCGCCAACGGUACCGAGUCCCACCACGCCUGGAUCAAGGAUAUCGAUGAGGUCAACGGCUCGAACCUCAAGUUCCCCAUCAUCUCCGACCCCGAGCGCAAGGUUGCCUACCUGUACGACAUGGUCGACUACCAGGACACCACCAACGUUGACGCCAAGGGCAUGGCUCUCACCAUCCGUUCCGUCUUCAUCAUCGACCCCAGCAAGAAGAUCCGUCUGAUCAUGUCCUACCCCGCCUCCACUGGUCGUAACACCGCUGAGGUCCUCCGUGUUGUCGACGCUCUGCAGACCACUGACAAGCACGGUGUCACCUGCCCCAUCAACUGGCUCCCUGGUGACGACGUUGUCAUCCCCCCUCCCGUCUCCACUGAGGACGCUCAGAAGAAGUUCGGUGACAUCCGCAUUGUCAAGCCUUACCUUCGCUUCACCUCCCUCAAGAAGGAGUAA